CCUGCAGCCUCCUACUAGACGCCUGAGCGCCCCACCUGCCACGGCCUCGGCCUUCCGCCCACUGCCCACCUAGUCCUGCUGGGUACUGCAGACCGCUGAGUGUGCGCGUGAACUCGCGUUUUCGGCUCCGAAGGAGCUUACUCCCCACCCUGCUUACGCGGCACCGGAGGGGAACGCCCUGGCCUCGGGGCCGCUGCUCUUGCUUUUUCUUAGUUGUCGCGAACACUGUCCGCCUGGGAGGCGCCCGGCGCGAUGAGCGCCAACGAGGACCAGGAGAUGGAACUAGAAGCAUUACGUUCUAUUUAUGAAGGAGAUGAAAGUUUCCGGGAAUUAAGUCCAGUUUCAUUUCAAUAUAGGAUAGGUGAAAAUGGUGAUCCCAAAGCCUUCUUAAUAGAGAUUUCCUGGACAGAAACAUAUCCCCAAACACCUCCAAUUAUAUCUAUGAACGCUUUUUUUAACAACACCAUAUCAUCAGCUGUAAAGCAGAGUAUAUUAGCCAAGUUACAGGAAGCUGUGGAAGUGAAUCUUGGAACUGCUAUGACCUAUACAUUGUUUGAAUAUGCCAAAGACAAUAAAGAGCAGUUCAUGGAGAAUCAUCAUCCCAUUAAUUCUACAACAUCUAUAAGCAAUAUCAUCUCUGUUGAAACUCCUAAUACAGCUCCAUCAAAUAAGAAAAAAGACAAAAAAGAACAACUUUCUAAAGCCCAGAAACGUAAACUGGCAGACAAAACAGAUCACAAAGGGGAACUUCCUCGAGGCUGGAACUGGGUUGAUGUUGUGAAGCAUUUAAGCAAAACUGGCUCUAAAGAUGAUGAAUAAUACUUGGAAUUUGAGACAAGGAAAGAGCAUCCUUUAAAAAGUAAACUAUGUUCAACAUCAUUCAUUAACUAUUUUCUGGUAUUAAGGUGACUUUUUAUAAAAUGCAGGUUUUUUUGUAUGUUUCUUACAUUAAAAAAUGUUGUCAGUGGAAAGUUCAUKAAAAGAUCUGGUUGUAUUACAUUAUUUUCACAAACUUGCCUUAAUAAAAGGUGAAAUGUUACUGUUUAGUAUACUUUAUGAAGCCUAUUAAGCUUUAUAAAUGGAUAAAUAUGGGAAAUAAUAAUCAGUGUUAAUUUGUAUGAUCUGAUUGUAGUGGCUAUGAGCCCUUUUCAAAUGUCUUCCCAAUACAGCAGAAUUUUACAUAUACAGUUAUUCCGUAGUUAUUAAUUAUAGGUUUCCCAUCUUAAAGUCUUCAUCUCUUCUUUUGCUUAAUCACUGAAGCAUAAAUUGCUUCAGAGAAAUUUAAAUACCAGUAUUUAAACUUUUUAUGAAACUCUUUGUAGUUCCUUUUUAUUUUUCAAUGAUGAACUGUUUCCCUUUAAUAAAUUGGUAUCUAUUUAUACUUUUCUUUUGAUUUGGGUCAGGUGUUUGAUCAUGAGAACUUUCAAUGACAUGUGUAAUAGGAGAAUAUAAAAACAAACCUGCCAAAUACAUUAGAAAGCAUUUGAAUAAAUGCUGGCUCUUAUUUAAAACAUUUGCUGCAUAUAAUAGGAUGGGAAUAAAAGAUGCCUUAAUAUUUAAUUUUUGUAUUGUUGGGGACAAUGAUUUUAAUAAAUUCCUAUUUAUCUGCUAUUGUGGUGUUUUCGUUGUUAGAUAACUGACGUCUAAGUGGGUUCAACAUAAAACCACAUUUCAGGUCUUGUUAUUUUUAUAGUGUCUUCGAAUAUCCAAAUGUAUUUCUCAACCUCUGCAUCUUUUUAAUAAUAUACAUAGAAGUCUUUCAAAUGCUGAACUGUUACACAUCCUUGAUUUUUUUAAAUCAUUAAUAGAGGAAACUAUUGGUAUAGUUUUACUAAGGAAAGAAGUUAUUGAUGUUUAUGUGUGAUUUAUAGUGAUUUCCUAUAUGCUCCCCAGCAUUAAGAACACUUAGGACUACUGCCGUAUAUCUGAAAGGGUAGUUUGUUAGUAUGUGAAGUUAUUCUGCAGGWUUAAAGAAUAAUUAACUUCUAAAGAAAUUACCUUAGCAUAAGARCARUUUGAGAUGUUUCUGUGGUUUUUACUGUUAAAUUUGCCAUCAAUUAAAUCAUUUGAAUUAUAUAGYAAGUAUAAUUAUAGUGAAAGAAUUUAAUCUCAUUUUAAAAGUGGAAUCACAUUUUGUUUCUUGAAUUAAUAUCAAAAUUGAGGACCACUAGAAUUUGACAACUUUUGUUUUUAGGGUUGUGUAUGUGUAGUUUUUGUUGUUGAGUAGAUUUGUUUGCUCAUUUAAAAAAAAUUUGGUAGUGGAAAAAAUAUUUUGUUUUGUUUUGAAGGUUCUGAAAUUUUUCAUGCUUAUUGUGGUUCAUAGAUUACAAAGAAUAAUGCUAGUUAAAUKCCAAUGAACUAUUUUUACUCUUUUUAUAUUUCUGGGGGUGAUGGUGGCAGUGGUGCCUCUUAUUACCUUAUGUAAAACACUUGAACAUUUUCAUCAAUAUUGCCAUCAUCUGUGUAACACUCCCAGUAUAUUUUCUCAAAGCCUGUUUACUUAAAAAUGUGUGGAAUGACAUAACUAAUAAGCAAUAAAGUCUGAGUUACAAUGA